GACCCCCUGUAGCGCUUUCCCCGCCUCCCCUCGAUCAUGGAAGGAGCCACCUCCUCCUCCGAGGGCCUGCGCUAUGCCGAGUACGCCAGGGUCCCUACGGGCGCCGGCAAGGGCCAAGCCGAACUGGAUCGAGGGCUGGCCAGAACUGUGAUAGCAGUUGGACUUGGUGUUGCAACUGUUGCAUUUGCAGGUCGUUAUGCUUUCCACCUUUGGAAACCAUUGGAGCAGGCAUUUACAGAGACAGCAAAGAGGAUUUCAACUUCUAGCCUUUCAUCGUACUAUAAAGGAGGAUUUGAACAGAAAAUGAGUAGGCGGGAAGCUAGUCUUAUUUUAGGUGUAAGUCCAUCUGCUGACAGGGCAAAAAUCAGGACAGCCCAUAGAAGAAUCAUGAUUUUGAAUCAUCCUGAUAAAGGUGGAUCACCCUACUUAGCAACAAAAAUAAAUGAAGCAAAAGACUUGUUGGAAUCCGGUGCCAGAAACUGAAAUCUGAAGCCUUGGGCCUUAGAAACAGCUUUCAUAUCUACUUGCUCUGCACAUUUUCUUAGCCUGCAUUGAUUGUUCCUAUUUAUUGUCAUAAUCACAAAAUUAGGACUAUUUAAAGCAAAUUAAAAUAUUUUAAAGUUAUGUAAAGUUAUGUACAGUUUAUCCUCCUGUGAGGAGCAGGGAGUUGGACUCUGAUCCUUAUGAGUCCCUUCCAACUUCAGAUGUUCUAUGAUUCUGCAUCUCAACUUGAGUGGAUUUUUACUGAAUUACAGUCCAUUACAAGCUUUGAAAAUGUC